AUGGCACCGACACCAGCAAACAACAUCGCCUACACCGCGCCGAUCAACCCGGGCUCCGUCACGCCCGUCCUGACCUACGCCCAAGUCUGGGCGGGGCUCGAGAGGAAAAUCAGGGCGGGCGAAGAGUUCGUGGGCGGGGCCAUCAUCUCGACCGACGUGCUCAGCGAGUCUGAGACCGAACACGGGCAGCCGGUGACCAUGCGCGAAGUGGUGUUCCGCGAAGGCAACCGACGGGUGCAGGAGCGGUGCAUCGCCUUCAAGCCCAUGAAGGUUGAGUUCCACCAGCACGACGGCUCCAAAGUGCAGAACAUCGUCAGCGAAGGUGCAAAUGGCGAGCUGUACAUGACAUAUGCGUUUGAGUGGUUGCAUCCGGAGUUGGAUGCCGACGGCCUGGAGAAGCGGAAGGUGCAGGAGUGGAAGAUUGGGAAGAUGGCGGUCGAGAAGACGAUUGAGGUUAUGAGGCAGAUGGUUGUUGAUGGCCGGCUGAAGUAA